GUAUUACACGCAUGCGCAGUCCGUACAGCUGCACUGCUUCCCCGUACAAGAUGGCGGACCUCCUGGGUUCGAUCUUAAACUCGAUGGAAAAACCUCCAACAGUCGGCGACCAGGAAAGCCGACGUAAAGCCCGAGAGCAAGCAGCAAGACUCAGGAAGAUGGAGGAAGAAGAGAAACGGAAGAAAGCAGAUUUCAGGAAAAUGAUGGAGAAAGAGGUGUCAGAUUUUAUCCAGGACAGUGCACAGCAGAAAAGAAAGUACAAACCUAUGGGGAAGAUCGAACGGAGUAUACUGCAUGAUGUCGCUGAAGUGGCUGGUUUGACGUCUUUUUCUUUCGGGGAGGCUGAGGACAGCCGAUACGUCAUGCUUUUCAAGAAGGAGUUUGCACCUUCAGAUGAGGAGCUGGAAGCUUAUCGCAAAGGAAAGGAGUGGGAUCCCCAACUGGCAGAACAAAGGCGCAGAGUACGAGAGCAGGCUGCUUUGGAAAAAGCAGCCGACAGUCAGACAACAAAGUUGGAAACGUGUCCCAACUCCAACUACAGAGACAAAUACAGUCACCUCAUCGGCACAUCAUCUGCAAAAGAUGCAGCACGCACGCUAGAGGCCAACAGAGCUUAUGGCUGUGUGCCAGUGGAAAACAAGAGGGACACCCGCUCCAUAGAAGAAGCCAUGAAUGAGAUCAGAGCAAAGAAGCGGCAGAAGCGAGAUGAUGACACAGGAGCAUGCGGUAGCACUUCCUGAGCCAGCCGCUGUUCUAUUCCUCUCUACUACUGUGUUUGUGUGAGUGUGCAGGUUUGUGUGUGUGUGUGUGUGUGUGUGUGUGUGUGUGUGUGUGUGUGUGUGUGUGUGUGUGUGUGUGUGUGUGUGUGUGUACACACUAUGUCUCAGUCGUGCUAUACACUGCAGCAUCCUGUAAUUCAGGUGUUUAUCAGCAUAAUUAUGGCAGAUUUUAUAUACAACCCCUGGCAAAAAUUAUGGAAUCACCGGCCUCAGAGGAUGUUCAUUCAGUUGUUUAAUUUUGUAGAAAAAAAGCAGAUCACAGACAUGACACAAAACUAA